AUGGCAGCAAAACUUACCGUCUACAUCACAUUGCUGUUUCGUCUUAGUUUUAUAUUCAACAGAGUGCUAGCUCAACAAUGCACUAAAGGUGGAUCCGAGUCAUCCAUCUUCGGCUGGAAACUGCAAGGACAUGUAUACAGGACAACGAUGGCUAAUUUCGGGUUUGAAUGCGUACUAAUCUGUCGUCAAGACAAGAGAUGCCAAAGUUUCAAUUGGGUUAUCUCUACCAACAUGUGCGAAUUCAGUGAUAGAACCAAAGAAGCCAGACCGGAGGAUUUUGUUCCCGAUCCAGACAGAUUUUACUACAAACGAGGCAUGAAUCGAGGUAAACUGAACUCGCACGUUGAUGUAGGAAAACGAAGCCCUACAGUCAGAAAAAAAGUGCCAUGUCAUUAUACAAUUACCGUAUUUAUGUUUUGUAUACUAAUGUAGAAUACCCGCGCAAGUGAUCCACAAACGAGUCUUCCUGGUACAUGCAUUAGAAGACAAUAACGUUUCAAAAAAGGCCCCCAGAAUGGAGACUUUUGAAUACGCCGGCUUCUCGUUUACGUGCGGACGGGCAAAAAGCGAAGAUUUUCGCAUAAAAUGAUCAUAUUAUACCCCUAGCUCCAAGCAUUCUCUGAUAGGGAUACUAAUCGUAUUUCCAUCGUUUUAGCGUUUUCGUGUGGACCGACACAAACGAUUCAUCUACGCUAAGUAUUGCCGUGUUUUUUUUUUUUUUGAAAACGAAGAAAAAAUCUUAGGAUAUCUUAUCCGUUUCGCAUCAGUGAUUACACGAAUUCAGAUCGUUGUAUUUUUUUCACUCUAGGACUCAAGUUGGUGUGUUUGUUUGCAUGAUUGUGGGAAUCGUUUAUGAAAAUGACAAUCAUUGUUAUAUAGCUGGACCUUUUCUCCCAAAAGCGCGCGCUGUCAUUGGCUACUUCAAGGUCACAUGACAUCUAACAAUGCAACUGUUUCCCGCCAAAAUCUCUGAGCGGCAACGUUGCAAAAUCUAUGACCUCAGAGGGUAAGAGUGGACUGUUACCCGCCCAUGCGGACCGUUGACGACUGCAGUUACAUCGAGGAUUAAUGAAUUUCCAGCUUCAAAAUUUCCAGCUAUAUAGCAAAGCUUAACAAAUCACCCCUUGGCCCCUUGGGAAACAGUUACUUUUGUUUCCCUCGCUUCUCAAUGUUUCCCUCAGCGAACACUGAGAUUCUCGGGAAACAAAAUUACUGUCAGGACUAGUCAUUAAAUAGAUUUAUUAUGUCACCUUUUCAUUGUAGCACCUCUCGGUUCUAUUUCUGAGCUUCCAGCGAAAACGUGUAAAGAAAUUAAAUCGAGUGAAGAACAAGCGGUGAGCAAAAAAUACUGGCUAGGCACCAUAAAGCCUGGUAUCCCUGUUCUGGCUUAUUGUGACAUGAACACUGGAGGUAAGUACAGUCGAACUUUUCCUAAUGAGUACUUACGUACCACGUAAACCUCUCUAUUGCGUCGUCUAAAACCCUACCGAAACAGGAGCCGAUUUAUCGUCUCCUGGCCGAACAGAGUAUAAUUUACAUUCUAAUCGAGAACAAUUCAGCUUUGUAUUAUUCUAUGAAAAAUAUACAAAUAUCCGUUACAAGCGCAUUUUCUCAAUCUGGGUGAGCAUUUUGGGGGUAAGACCCCUCUUUUCUCCACUAACGAGCUCUUCAGCCAAUCAUAUCAGAAUGUUUUACUUUCAAUUUGAAAGGGAAUAAAUGCCAUUUAAUAACUUUACAAAGCGUCCCCAUUAUUUAUUUCCAGUGAUUUUCAGCGCCAUUGUAAAAUACAAACCGAUAACCCUGACAAGUUAUAAAUGCCUCAUUGGCCAAUCAGAAUGCGCUACAUUAAUGCUCUUGUUGUUUAUUCAGAUGUUGAUGAGUGCACCUCUUCCCCGCCUGUCUGUGACGUCAAUGCCCAAUGUACCAAUACCAAUGGGUCCUAUGCCUGCAGGUGCAAGAAUGGGUUCUCUGGUGAUGGGAAAACGUGCCAAGGUUUGUGAGUUGUAGAGCCGACUGCUAUUUCUCAAUAAGCAGACGAUCCAUGGUAAUGUGAAAUGUUCCCUCUGUGGUUUAUAGGUGUAAAUUUGGCAGGAAAAAGUGAAAGUUAAUCUCGACAUGAUUUGGCACAGACGUUCGGUAUUUUAUAACGCCACUGUUUCACUCAAGUUACUUGUUUAAAUCAGUCUAUACUGAUCUGAUGACAUGACUUGUCUCGUGCAUGACCAAACUUCACGUUCUUGACCACAUAGCCUAAGAUGAUGUGGAUUAGUCUUCUUUCGAAAAGACAUUUAAAUUGAUUUUGCCUCACGCAGGCCUUUGAAGCUUCAGUGUACUUAAAACACGUAGGCACUUCGAAUACAAUUAUUAGGAAAAGACAGGAAUCUAAUUUCUUAUGUCUUUCAUUUACAACAUAUGAUUCCCAUCUUCUAAAUUCAUAGUUAACUUUACUUCUAGAGUGUUUCUUUUUUUAUUUAUUUGUUUAUUAAGUUAAUUUGGAAAAAUUGGGAGUUUGAGAGCUUAAAAAACGACGUUUUUGAGCGUCUAUAAGAGUAAAGACACUUAGCGAUAAAAUUUGGUAACGUCAAGGUAUAUUAAAAGAGAAAAAAACUCACAUCCGGUUGACGUGCUUCGCUCCAAAACGUCGCUGCUUUAACUCCCUAUGACUAGUCUUGUUCUCCUUAAACAGACAUUGAUGAGUGCAGCGCCGUUCCCUUCAUUUGUGAUCAAAACGCCAACUGUCAGAACAAUGAAGGCUCAUAUCUUUGUUCGUGCCAAGCUGGUUUUACUGGAGAUGGCAAAAAAUGCCAGGGUAAGAUAAGAAAACUAUGCUUAAUAACUAUGGAUUGUUCUGUCUUGUUUCCUUCUGGUUACCAUUCUUAGGCCUUGUGCUCUACCAGUUAGCUACAAGGGAUCUACACUUAUGGAAGAAUGAGCUAGGUUCAUAUGACGCAAGGUUUACGCAAGUGCAGGUGCGAGGGAAGUUGAAGGUGUUAGGAAUAGGGCCUGGGCUCGAGCUACAGGACGCUUAGUCUCAACCACACACCGACACACUUGCCGAUAGACCGCUUUGUCUCACGUGUUCAGAGUGUCGAUAGAUGGCAUGCUGGCGAUAAUAUAAACGUGAGGGUGAAUCUAAGCCUGGGGGAUACAUGAAAAUAAUAUAUACUUUUCCUUCAGUCAGUGACACAGGUGACUUGGAAAAAAGGGUUUUCGAGUUUUCCCAGCAGAAGCCUACAUAAGUCGGACCUUCCCUCCCCACCCCCCAGCUCCCUUAAACACACAAUCAUCAUUCCCAUAUGUUGUCUAUUCCGUUUAACAAUGAAAACAAGCCAGAAUCUGGGUGUUUUCGUUGAAGACACAAGACACGAGUGGUAAAACAGGGAGUACCGUGUAAGUCGUAACCCUCGUACCACCCCGGGAGGGAUCCCCCUUUCAUUUUUGUGUUGGUCAACUUCCUUGAUUUUAUCAGAGACCUUUCUAUUCAAGUAUUUUUCGCUUUAUGUCUACUUUGAGUGAAAUUUGGGUUCUUCCAAUAAAUUUAUCAAUAUGACGUCAUAAUGACGCCAGAUUACGUCAUUGUGUCAAUCAAGUUAUGCCAGAAGUUGGAAAUGAUGAGUACAUUAUUGUGCAUAAUUUUAGCAUCGGGGGGCUCCGAGGGCCCCCGGUCACAGGAAGCAAUAAAAGCCCGUUUUGAAUAGGGUUAAGAUGAGAUUCUGGCACACGGUACAUUACUUUGUUGCAUGACAUGUGCUUAUGAAAAGUUUACGAAACGAAUCGUAGCUUCUAAAUCAAGCCUACAAAUUGCGAUUGUCUUAAGACGGUUGAUUUCGUACGCUACAAUUCAAGCUGGAGGUUUAGUGAGACCAUCGUAUAUAAGAAAAGGUCUAUCCGAGGAAAUCGUCUUUUAGUAGUGACUUGAAGUUUCCUGCGAGCAACCUAUUAUUUAUAAAGGAGACACCCCAUUGGACAUCGAUCGCACUCCAGUUUGAUCUUAAUUUAUUCACAGAUAUCGAUGAAUGUAGCAUUGUUCCCUCCAUCUGUGAUCUGAAUGCCGACUGCCAAAACAAUAAUGGCUCUUACCUUUGCUCGUGUCAGCUUGGUUUUAUUGGAGAUGGAAAAACAUGCCGAGGUAACAUGGGAAAAUAAAUUAAAAUACAUUUUAUAGAUAUGUUUUGAAGCUUAAUCCAAUAAUAGGGAAAGGAGUUCAACCCGGUCACUCAUGUUCGCUAAACGACAAUCUCUUUAGAGGUACUCGGUAAACCUAUUGUAGUCCAUUACAAACCUCUUUGCUUUUUCUUAUUUUCUCGUUUUUUUUUUUUUUUGUCGCUGUCGUGGUUGCUCGAGCUCGCUGGCAGCAUUGCCACGCAAAGCAAUUCUUGAUAUGCGACGAUUUCCUUGAAAAAAUCGACGGUUUAAAUUUGUUGGUAAGCGCGCGACAAAAACGGCGACCACAGGUUCACAUAGAGAGGCUCAAUUUUUUGUAAUAAUAUAUGUCUCCAAAUACUUUUAGUAUAUUAUGGAAACUAAACGUAAAAUUCAGGAAUAUAUUACCAGAACAUCACAGAGAAUCUCGACAGUUAUGCAAACCUAACAUAGGUUUGCAUAAUCAAAAGUGAUGGCCUUUUUAAGGUCACCACUAAGUCUUUGCCCUCGGGAACAGGGUUCUAGGCGUCAAAUCUAUUAGGCGAGAGCAAAAUUGCAGGUGAACUUUGAUCCAAGUCAAGACUUCUGGCCGCGGUUGUUCAAACGCUGGAUAGCGCUAUCUACUGGAUAAAAAUCUAUCCAGCGGAUAAGUAUUAGGAAAACCAAUUGCGCCAUCCACUGGAUAGAGAUUUAUCUAAGUGGAUAGCGCUAUCCAUCUUUCAAACAACUGUGCCCUGGAAUGAUGCUAGUCUCAUCUUUCACACUGUUGACUUUACAUCCGGGAACUUGAAUAAGACGAAUGUAAGAGAAAAGUCUAGAGUUUUUUAUCUGUCAAAAGGCCGGGUUUUUCGAAUUAAUUGAUGAUAUUUCGCUUGUGUUAAACGUGAAAAGAUUAUGCAUGGUUGUGGAUAGACUUAUCAGAGCUGCGAAAGUGUGGUUGUGUUAUUUCCGGAUGAUGUUGACAGGCAGAACUCAGGUAGGUGGUUUUGUGGUUGAUCUAUCGCAGUUGUUGGAAUAAAAUGUUCUGUACAAGCCAUAAAACGACGGCGUCGGUGUUAAGCUAGCCUGUGAAAACAGCCGUUUCCCCCAGCUCCUCGCCGCUGGGGACGUUUCGCUAGGAGGAACGUCUGCGACAGAAACUCCAUACCUGUGUCGUAAAAUCUGUCCAGAAUCCGGUCAGAAGCGGUGAUUGGUCGACGGAGUAGUUACAUUAUUUUAGCUAUUGUGUACGACUGACAGACAAAAGGCAAAAGGCCACAGAGGUCAAAUAUAAACACCAUGAAUCUCUAACAAAACAGUUAAUAUUUAUGGAAUAUAGUCUCCUCUAGAAAAAGCAUUUGAGUUUUGCUGGAGCUCGUUCGCAGAUGAACACAACUCUCAACCAAAAUUGACCAGAAGAAACGUAAAAUUGAACAAAUUUGCAUUUGGAACCCCAUGACUACCGGAUUUAUUGCAUUCGACGAAGGAGAACGCUUACUAUUAGUGUACCGUACAUGAUGUAGUAACCGUUCCAUAUGCCAUGCGAUUUCACGGUUUGGACGCCAUCUUGGACCGGCCGGGCACAUUUUGCCUCGAUCUCAUGUGUUCAGUUCUUCUCGCCCAGGAGCUGGUAUCUAUCAGUGUGACACUCCUUCGCAGAUGAAACGUUGGCGAUUUUUGUUUACUACACGUUUGUUUAUAGUUUUUCUCGCAGUUUUCAAUUAGUAUUAUUUUUUAUAUAGGUCAAUUUCCAUUCUAAGAUAAUCGGAUAUGUAGAUGUCAUGUUAACAAUGUGUUCUGCACACUGUAUUUGUUUUUAUGAAUUCAAGCAAGAUCAGCUUAGAUCGACCUUAAAAGCUAUUUACGGCGUUGUAUUUGCUUUUGCUUGUCACCAUUUUUGAAAUAUAUAGAUGUACAAGAAGUUCAAUAGUGAAAGUUGACCUUUUCAUCUCACUAAUUGCGGUUGCGUUGUAUUUUGAAAACAGUGCUAAGUAGGUGAGUCGUGUUAACCUAGUGUCACGCAACAAGGGUUUAGAGUGAUACGCUUAAACUUUUCAGAUAACUUUAAUUUUCUGUAGCCCAAUUUUUAGUCAAUUUUAUUGACCAUCCUACUCUGCAAACGAAUAUCCUGAGGAUCAUAGUCAGUGUUUGACCUGUUGUUACUUACAUGUACUUGACUUAGAGGUUUAGCUAAGUAAAUAUAAAAAGUACAGUACGCUCUUGCAUUUUUGAGGAAAAAUGAAAUAGUAACGAAUUGUAAAGUGGGAGGAUAAACAAUAACAACGAUAAAGACAGCUGCUGACAUUCAUAUUGAUAAAAGCGUUUGAUUUUGAUUUCUCGAUGUUACAAGCCCAUCAGGUUUUGCACCCGCUACCACUCAUUACCCACCCCCCUCCCCCCUUCCCCAUCGAACGCACUCCCCUAAUUUGCAAUUAUUACUAGUUAAGUAAACAUUGAUUUACGUCAUCAGUAUGGAAUUUCUGCUGCUUAGACGCAGACGUUCCUCCGCGCGAAACGUUCCCAGCGGCGAAGAGCGAGAGGAGACGACUGUUUUCGCAGGCUGGUGUUAAGCUUACUAGGUGAUUUGUGCCUUAGAAAAACAAUUCUCGACUCAGGAAAACUGGGUCUUGGUCUAGUUUCAGCGGGCUCUUGGCUUUGAACCAUAUAAAUACGGCCGGUUUUUGUAGAUCAGAAGGUGAUUAUGAUAUAUGUACAGGAGCCAUGGCUCUUGAUAUGUAGUAUGUUUCAAUGUUUCAGUGCUGUCUAUAUGUUCCAUGCGAAAUCCUGUCAUUUAUCUUCCCGAGAAAAAAAGAAGUGUUUUGCUAGCUAUUUAAGUUGUUAUGUAAGCCUUAACCGCGCACUUUUUGACUUCAAGUCACCUCAACUGUAAAAUUUCUAGACCGAAAUGACACCGGUUUGAAACUUCACGGAGUCAGAUUACUUAAUCGAAGGGUGUAAUUUGUAGGCUGCAGGUUGCAGGUUGCAAGUCGCAGGUCGCAGGUUGCAGGUCAGAAUUUGAAGAACAAGCGAACGGUCAACGCUAAACUGAUUUUGAGAAAAAAAAAACCGACUGUUUGGCAGUCUGAAGUCCUAACGUCUUUAUGGCGCCACGCAAAACCAGAAAUAUCUUUAGUCCCAGGAAAUUGUUAGUUUUUGUGGCGGGUCACUCCAACUAUUAACUUAAAAUGAGAGAUUAUAUGGACAGAAGGGUUACCCCACCUACAUGGGGUCCCCCACCUACAUGGGGUCCCCCACCUCCAUGUAAACAGGCCGUUAAUCUCUCUAAAUGUAUAAUGUCACUCGACGCUUAAAAGACACUUUUACACGACUGAGGGCUUAAGUUACAGGUGAUUUGAACCUUCCCCCUAAAUUUUUUUGUCGUUACUCUCACAGUUCCAGUUCCAAUAGUUACAGCGUCAAGCUCCUGUGCCAACCUGUUGGUUAGCGACACUUCUAACGUGAGUGGAAUAAUUCAGUCAAGUUUGGCACCGACAUACCCGAACAAUAUCAACUGCCAAUGGCAUUUAUCAUCAAAUACAACACUGGAACUAGUCUUCUCCAUUUUCAAAACCAGAGCCUCUGAUUACCUUAGUCUGUACGAUGGCACGUCGGCCUCAUCGAAUCUCAUUGGCAGAUUCAGUGGAGAAAUUUUGCCUGGACCUUAUGCCCUCAGUACUACCAAUAAUCUUUAUUUGACGUUUUCAUCGAGUAGCGCAGGAUCAACGGAUUUUGGAUUCAGAGCUCGAUACCGAGGUGACUUACCAUAAAAUUAUUUACUUUUCAACCGGACCACCAUGAUUUUGAUCACUAUGUAAAGUUCAAAUGGGAAUCAAUAUAUUUAAAUGCUCAUGGUUUUGCCGCUCUCCUCUGCAGAGGCCUCUUUGUGUCGAAGGGAGGCUGGGGAGAAGGAAAAAUGAAAGCGCGCGGGGUACUUGGGAUACCAGGCGGGAGGCUCAGUCUGUGAAGGAGACAGUGGACGCUUUCCGAUCUAAUCAACCAAAACUUUCGAAAAUUUGGAAACAACGGCAAAUGGUACAGCCUUUUCCGGAAAAGUUUCCAGAAGUUCUGGAAACUGUUGAAUUUCCAAAAUGCGAACCAUUCAAUCAAAUAUUCUAGAAAUUCAGGGAACAAAGUUGAAUGGAAAGAAAACUUCUGGGAAAUUUCCGAAAAUUUGAGUAUACCUCGAGAGGUUUUCCUCUUUUUUGGAAAUUUUGCCAAGUGCUGUUCCAUUCGCCACUGAAAGUUGUCGAAAAUUCAAACCGAACGUUUUGGUUGAAUGGAAAUUAAAGCUCCCAGUGGUGUUGCCACUUGGCUUGGUCAAAUGCGUUGUGAGAUUUGGAUGUGCUUUCACACGAUAACUUGUUUUGUUUAAUUUUUGUCAUUUGAUAUUCUUAUAGAUUUAACAAAGAGUUAAAAGACAGCAAAAAAUAAGGCCGUUUUUUUCCUUCGAUAAAGCGUGAUUUCCUUCAAACCUCUUUAACGUCUGGAUGGCUUGCUAAGCUUCCAUCGAGAUAUCGUGCUACAUGUAAAAUAAAAUAAUUUGGGGGGAGUAGUUUUUUCAUAAGAAAACUUCCCGCAAGAUAAAAGUUGGUUGGUUUCUAGCCUGCAAGCAUGCUCUCUAUUAAAGAAGUCGCGUGAAGUCACGCGUGCAGUAGGCGAAAGGAGACGCUAGAGCGGGGAAAGCUCCUCGCGGUUUUGCCACUCGCUUGGGCGUUCUCUCUCGGCUCGCCUCGCUCGCGAGUCUUUAUAAACAUGGAGCUUACUUGCAGGCCAUCCAGUUUCCUGUCAGAACGCCACUAAGAUCAAAUUAAUACAUUACAAAUAUGAUUUACAGGUAUAAACUUUAUCCGAUCUGGAAAGCGUUAGUCUUCCUCGCAGCCGUUUUUUGGAUUAAAAAAACGGCUGCGUGAGAGAGUAGGAAAGUGGAGCCCCUAUUGAGUCUUAACCCGUGAAACAAUUAACUUCGAAGUAACGCCUUUGACGAAAAAGAACUAAAAGAAGCAAGAAAAAGAACUAAAGCACGCGAACCAACGUAGAAGUAUCAACUGAUCCUGCCAGCAGAUAACUAACCGAACUCAAUGAAAAGUAUGGAGGUCUGUUUAUGCAGAUUCUGAACCAUUCUCGUCUCAGAGUUGCGAUCUUUUUGGUCAAUGCCAGGACUGGGAUCGACCAAAAUGAUUACAGCUCUUAGAAAGAAUGAUUCUUCCGAAUCUGAGAGCUGUCAACUGACUUUUGUUCUGGAUGGCGUUUAUAACUCUAUGAUAGAAUGACGGCAUCACAAUUUUCUCAAUUCAGUAUUGUCGCUUGCUUUGUGACUUUUCACAUUGAUUUUUAUGACCUGAUUAGCGGCCGCUCGUGUAGUCACGUGAAAAGCGACUUUGCUCGUAUCGGUAGGUUAUCAGAUUUUUAUCAUCAACAGGGGUCCGCACGCUCAACGCUCCGCUUUGAUUUUUUACUCUUUGUAUCUUUCUCUGUUGCUAAUUUUUUAACAAUCGUUUUAUCUCCUGUGCCGGAAAAUUCAGCUAUCACUACUGGUUCCCUUCGUAUAAACAACGACACACUAUCAACUGGCAGAGUAGAAGUCUUCUAUAGCAACCAGUGGGGCUCAAUAUGCGAUGAUUCUUGGGAUUUAAAGGACGCUAACGUGGUUUGCAGGCAACUUGGUUUCCCAAAAGCGUCUCAGUUCUUUGGAAAGGCCCUACAUGGGCAGGGUUCUGGACCGAUUUGGAUGGAUGAUUUGGCGUGCUUAGGAAAUGAAACGCAUAUCUACCAUUGCAGCCACAGUGGGUGGGGAAAGGAGAAUUGUGGUCAUCAUGAAGACUCCAGUGUACAGUGUUUCCCGAUCCGUCUUGCAGGGGGAGGACAAAAUUAUGGUCGCGUUGAGGUCUUUUAUAAAGGGAUCUGGGGCACAGUUUGUGAUGAUGGCUGGGAUAUCAAUGAUGCUCAAGUGGUUUGUCGCCAACUUGGUUUUCGCAACGCCUCCUCUGCGCCACAGAGCGCAAAAUACGGUCAGGGAUCUGAUCCUAUCUGGUUGGAUGAUGUCGGCUGCAAGGGAAACGAAGCUUCGCUGUUUGACUGCCCACAUGCAGGAUGGGGUAUUGAGAACUGUGGUCAUCACGAGGACGCUAGUGUAGUUUGCAUCACUUAG